CCAUGUGGGAAUCCAACCAUCAGCCUUCGGCUUUAGGAGUACGGAGCUCCAACUGCCUGAGCUACUGGGUCGGCCCCCCUUUAGUUCUUAAGUGUUUCCUUUUCCAUCUCUUCUCUGCGGCCCCACCCCUACAUUGGACUGGCCACAUGUUUGUAUUUUAAUUCAAAAGAACUAAUGUUAAGAUUAUUUUGUUUCUUUUAAUCACGUUUUCUUUAUUUUCUUUCAUCUUUCCCUGAAUUAAUUUCAUGUGUCUGAUUUCUUGUUGAAUGUUUAGACGAUUUAUUUAAAUAUCUCUUGUGUUAAAAUUAGGAUGUUAAGGACACACAUUUCUCUUCACAUAGCCUUUGUUUCUCUUUCUACCUUAGUUUCUGGUUUUCCCGGAGGGAGUACUUUUUAUCAGGUAUUUCCAGUAUAACAAAAAUAGGGUCAGAGAAUGUUCUGCUAAAUGAUAUCAGCGUUUGGAAUUUGCUGACAGUUUCCUUGUUGCCUGGUUAGUAGAUGCAUUUCAUGUAUCUAAUACAAGUUUCGUGCUUCUAGUAGGCAUGAGGACCUCUGUCCUCCUGGAUGAGACAACUUAGCAGGCCAAGGACCUGGGGCAUCCUGCAUGGUCCAUGCAGUGGGGGCGGGAAGUCUGCCGGGAGGCCAGCUGUGCCCCUUGGGGAUGAGCCUGGCCCUGAAGCCAAGUCUCCUCCCUCAGCACCUGAGUGACUGGUUCCUGCCUGCUACCGGGGACGUCCAGGGAAGCACUCGAUGGCGGCUUGGCACCUGUCUGCCCCACCCCAGGGUGAGGUGACCUUUGAGGACGUGGCCGUGCUCCUCUCCCGGGAGGAGUGGGGCCGUCUGGGCCCUGCUGAGCGGGGCCUCUACAGGGACGUGAUGCUGGAGACCUACGGGCACCUGGUCUCUCUGGGAGCUGGACCUGCAGGUCCCAAGCCUGGAGUGAUCACACAGUUGGAACGAGGGGACGAACCGUGGGUCCUGGACAUGCAGGGUGCCGAGGAGACAGGGCGACUGAGAGUUGAUGGCUCAGCUUAUAGGACCUGGACUGAGUACAUGGAGUUUGCUUCAGGGGAGAUGCUGGAUGGGGCAGAACUGGACCAACUCAGGGGGGCUGAUCCCUGGACUCAAGAGCCAGGAGAAGCCUGUAAGCAUGUCGUGGAGCCAGAGGAGAGCCUGGACAAGCCCACGGAGAAGAGGGGCCCCAGGCCAAUCACAGUGACCAACAAGGAGAGCAGCCAUGAGUCUGGAGGAAGCCUCGGGUUGGGGUCAAGCCCUAUCUCUGAUCAGAGACCUCACCAAUGUGAUAUAUGUGAGCAAAGUUUUGAACAGAGAUCAUAUCUCAAUAACCAUAAGCGUGUACACAGGUCAAAAAAAACAAAUAUAGUUCAUGAUUCUGGGGAAAUCGUCAGUGCCAAUUUAGUUAUCAGAGAUCAGAAAAUUCUUGCUGGGAAAAAACUGCAUUAUUGUGGUUACUGUGGGAAAGGCUUCAGGUACAGUGCUAACCUGACCAAGCACCAGCGGCUUCACAGUGAGGAGAAGCCCUACAAGUGCAGUGAGUGUGGGAAAGCCUUCAGCCAGAGCUGCGAGUUUAUCAACCACCGUAGGGUGCACUCGGGCGAGAUUCCCUACCGCUGUGCUGAGUGUGGGAAGACAUUCAACCGGAGGCCCAACCUCAUGAAGCACCAGCGGAUCCACACCGGGGAGAAGCCCUACAAGUGUGGUGAGUGUGGGAAACACUUCAGCGCCUACUCAUCCCUCAUUUAUCACCAGAGAAUCCACACAGGAGAGAAACCCUACAAAUGCAACGAGUGUGGGAAGGCGUUCAGUGACAGCUCAAUCCUUAUCCGACAUCGUCGCACUCACACUGGAGAGAAGCCAUUUGAGUGUAAGGAAUGUGGCAAAGGCUUUACCCAAAGUUCUAACCUUAUCCAACACCAAAGGAUUCACACUGGAGAGAAACCCUACAAAUGUAACGAAUGUGAGAAAGCCUUCAUCCAAAAAACUAAACUUGUCGAACAUCAGAGAAGCCACACUGGCGAGAAGCCCUACGAGUGCAAUGACUGCGGCAAAGUCUUCAGCCAGAGCACACACCUCCUCCAGCACUGGCGGGUCCACACUGGGGAGAAGCCCUACGUGUGUGGCGAGUGUGACAAGGCCUUUCACAACAGCUCCAGACUCAUCCAGCAUCAGCGAUCGCACCAUGGAGAGAAGCCAUACAAAUGCAGUGACUGCAAGAAGGCCUUUAGCCAGGGCGCUCACCUCGCCCAGCAUCGGCGGGUCCACACCGGGGAGAAGCCCUAUGCAUGCGGCCAGUGCGGCAAGGCCUUCCGGCACAGCUCCAAUGUGUUCCAGCACCAGCGGCUGCACCUCCGGGAAGGCGCCUGCACGUGACGGUAGAGGGCCCACCCCACCCGUGAAGUAUGGUCCACGCAGCAUAGUCACAGGUGAAAGGCAUUUCUGUCUAAUAAAAACACUCUUUUCUUAAACCAAGAGCAGGGAGUGCAUGAUCAUUUUAGAGGAACUGAGAGAGAGGAGCACAAAAAGGAGAGGCUCUGAUAGUCCCUCCCAUUUACAAGAGAGUUCACUGCUGCCGUUCAGUAUGUUUCCUUUCAGACAUGCUGAAGAGCUCUUCAACAGGAAAGCACUGUUAUGCUUAUUGCAGCACCCAGGAUUUCCAUCUUCACUUUUCCUCAAUACCAGAGAAGUCACACUGGAAAGAAUUCCACACAUUUACAUAAUUCUAAAUUUUGUAAAUUUAAAAGCAUAUCUUUCAUGCUUUUCUUGGUCACUCCAUAUGCCUUUUUUAUUGUGGUAAAGUACACCUAACAUAAAGUUUACCAUUUUAACCAUUUUGAAGUGUACAAUUGAAUGGCAUUAGUACAUUCACGAAGUUGUGUGACCAUCACCACCAUCUAUAAAGGGUUUAUUAUCCCAAACAAACGAUCCCCAUUCUCCCCUCUCCCAGCCGCUGGCAACCCCUGUUGUACUUUCUGUCUGUAUGAAUCCAACAAUGCUAGGGACCUCAAGUAAGUGCAGUUGCACAGUAUUUGCCCUUUGUGACUGGCUUAUCUCACUCAGCAUAAUAAAUGUCCUCAAGGUUCAUCCACACUGUAGCCAGUGUCAGAACACUAUUCUUUUUCAUGGCUGAGUAAUACUCCAUUGUUUGGAGGUAUCACAUGUGUUUAUCCAUCAUUGUUGAUUGACACUUCGUUGUUUUCACUUUGUGACUAUUGUGGAUAAGGUGCUGUGAACACAGAUGUACAAGUAUCUGUUUGAAUCCCUACUCACAAUACUUUUGGGUAUAAUCUUAGAAGUGAAAUUGCUGGAUUAUAUGGUAAUUCUAUGUUAACUUGUUGAGAAACAGCCAAACUUUUCUGCAGCAGCUGCUUCACUAUUACAUCCACUAGCAGUGCAUGAGGACUCCAAUUUCUCGACAUCCUUGCUAACACUUUUUAUUUUUUAUUUUGGUAAUAGCCGUCCUAACGGGUGUGAGGUGGUAUCACAUUGUGGUUUUGAUUUGCAUUUAUCUGAUGACUAACGAUGCUGAGUACCUUUUCAGGUGCUUAUUGUCCGUCCAUAUCAUAUAUUUUCUGUGGUGAAAUUCUAUUCAGGUCCUUUGCCCGUUUUGGAAUUGGGUUAUUUUGUGUUUUGUUGUUGAGGUGUAGGAGUUCUGUAUAUUUGCAUAGUAAUUUUUAGAGGUAUGAUUUGCAAAUAUUUUCUCUCUUUCUGUGAGUUAUCUGUUUACUGUCUUGAUAAGUGUCCUUUGAUGGACAAAAGGUUUUUAAUUCUAUGAACUUCAAUUUAUCUAUGUUUUCUUUGGUUCCUGUGCUCUGGGUACCAUACCCAAGGAAUCAUUGCUAAAUCUGAGAUUCUUUUCUUCUAAGAGUUUUAUAGUUUUACGUCUUAGUUUAAGGACUUAAUCCAUUUUGAGCUAACUUUUUUCUGUAGUAUAAGGUCGGGUCUAACUUCAUUAUUUUUCAUGUUGAAAUGUUCAUUUCUCUUCAUGCUUAUUUUCAAGUUCAUUGACCCUUCUGCCUGCUCAGAUCCAUUGUUGAACCACUCUAGUGAGUUUUUUAUUUCAGUUAUUGUACUUUUCAGCUCCAGAAUUUCUGUUUGUUUCAUUUUUAUAAGUUCUGUCUCUUUGUUGUCAUUGUUCAUAACAGUAUUUUCUUGUUUUCCUUUAGGUUUUUGUCUAUAGUUUCCUUUAGAUCAUUGAACAUAUUUAAGACCAUUGAUUUUAACACCCUUGAUGAAUAAUUCCAUUCUCUGGGCAUCCUCACGGAUGGUUUCUGUCAAAUUCCUUUUUUUCCCUGUGAAUGGGAUGCAUUUUCCUGUUUCUUUGUGUAGUUUGUGUUUGAUUGUUGCUGAGCGGACAUUUUGAGUAUUUUGUAUGGUGACUCUAGAAUAUUAAGCUUCCUACCCCUCAAAGCUGAAUCUUGCUUGUUGAGUGCUGGCACCAUCUAUCUGUCACUUUUCCCAACUUUUUUGCAAAGUGUGUAUUCUUCAGUGCCUGUGGUCCCUGAAGUUUCUGUUCCAUUAUCUGUCAGGUCAUCCAGUGACUUGAAAAAGAUUUCCUUAAAUGUCUGGCUCCAGAAAGGGGAAGAAACAAGGAUGUUCUAUUUAAUUUCCCCAGGAAACUGCUUCAGCAGUUAAAACAAUGGCCACAACCUUGUGCCAGUGAUCCAAAGUGGCAACCAACCAUCAAAACCCACGACGCUGACGUGGGAGAUAAGGCCCUCUUUACCCUCCCUGGCUCCAGCAAGCUGCACCAUGAAUGCAGGCUAUUGUCCCCUCUGUUGCACGCCACAGGGCUAGGGGCUGGUCAUGGUAGGUGGUACGCUAAACGCUGGAAGUUCACUGAACUGGCUGAAGUUUAAUGCCCCCUCUUCAAUCUCUCUCCUGCCUGCAAGUGGUUGACAGACUCAAGUAGUUUCAAAACAGCUACUUCAGACCACUCCUGCGGCUCCGUGGUUGUGUAGGUGGAGGGCGGAUUCCUGAGGCUUCCUACUCUCCUGUCUUCCAUGAUUCCCGUGAUUGCUUUCACGAUAGCAGCAAAAUUUCUAUUUCAUUGACAUAUUUCAUUUAUACAACUUAUCAUUUGGACAUAUUCCACAGUGACUGAUUUCAAGUUUUUUAGUCUUUUGAAUCAUAUGUUUAGGAUACAUUCCUAGGAACAACAUGUAAUUUUUAAAGGACAUUGAUGUAUAUAUGCAAAUGCUUUCCAGAGUUGUUGUAUCCAAUAUGUAAUGUCACCAGCACUGAAUCACUGGAACACCACUGUCCUGCUUUGCAGGAUGCAUCCUGAUCUCCACACAGCCUCCCUGCACUGGACACUGAAAUUGUAACCUCCACUUGCUAAUUAGAUAGGCAUGACUGCCUGCUGCUGCGUUUGCCCGAUCACGCAGGAAUCCUUCAUGGCUUUGUGGUGGCUUCAGUGGGAACCAUCUCUCCUUUACAGCCUUUGCCUCAUCACUGCUUACGGCCCAGGUGGUCUUCCACUGGUUGUUAAGGACCCCUACUCUGCAGUCUCUUCAUCCCCUCAGCCAGCAUGUCCCUGCGCCAGUGGCACCCCAAGGGAGCAAUAAAGCCCUGGGUGGGAGGGCUGGAGAGGCAGGUAGGGGUGGUGGAUAAGAAGCAUCUUUUACAGAAUAGUGUACCUGGAAGGAGGAUAUGCUGUUGUCAUUGUGCAAAACUAGAGAAAUGUUUUAACGUUUUCUUGGCUGUUUUGUUUUUGGCUCAAGAGGGCUCAUAACAUGAAUUGGUGACACACUUUCACAAGAGUCAAGUGUCAAGACCGUGUAUGUGUGUGUGUGUGUGUGUGGGUGCAGCAUGGACAAAGGGACCACUGGUUCUAGAUGUUUCCACUGAGCCUUCUUGGGUAGUCACUCCUGGGAGUCUGGUGGGCUAACUCCUUGCAGCUGUCCUAUGGUUUCCUCAACUCACAAGAUGAAAAACAGUGGUCAGCCUGCUAAUGAAAGGGCCUUUGGAGGUCGUCUAAGACCGUGUGCUGUUUGUUAAUCAGUAAUUGUGAAGAGCUCUGGGCAGCCAGCUAUGAGUCAGAUCGUCCACUGUGGGUUCAGAGGGCCCGACAGCUGAGGCCCUUGGCUAUCUCGAGUCAGCAUUCCGGGUAAAAUAGGUAACAGCACCCACCCGAUGGACAUGGAGAGGCCAGUGGGGUCAUGCUCACAGUGUGCUGUCCCUGGGCACAUUCCGAGGGCACAGACCCGAGCAGGACAUCAGAUCUGAGUCACUGGAAGCUGGAUCUGGCUGCUCCCGCCCGUCCUCAGGAGCUGGGCUAGUCCAAGUGUCUCUCCGGGCUGGUGGCCUCUAGGCUCUCUGGUCCCUGCUGGAGGUGGCUGUGGCCUCCACGCCCGGCCCGGCCCAACCUGUCCCAGUUUCCUGCAUGCAUCCUGUACUGUUUACCUGCAGCUGUGGGCCAUGCCUGAUUGUCUACACCAACCGUAUGAUUUAGGCCAGGGGCUUUGGGUCAGGAGGCAUCAGCUCGGCCUCUGGAGGGGCUGGAGACUGAUGCCAGUCAUGCAGGUGGUCAGCUCUGUUGACGUCACCAAGCCAAUAAAAACUCUGGGUGCCAAGACUCAGAUGAGCUUCUCUUAUUGGGACUGCCCUGUGCACAGCAUCACACAUCAGUGCCAGGAAAGAACUGCUGUCCGUGACUUCCAGGGGAGGACAACAGAAGCUCCACAUUUGGUAGUCUUCCUGGGUUGUGCCCCAUGCAACCCCUGGCAGGGUGACAUCCCUAUAACACACAGCAUGUGUUCAUCAGCCUGCAAGGUGAGUUCUGAGUCCUUGUAGCCAAUUAUUGAACUUGAGGAUCAUCUUGGUGACCUCUAAACUUGUGAUUGCUGUUAGAAGUGAGUGCAAGUCUUGGGGACAGCUGAACUCCAUUCCACCUCAUCUGCACUUUUCCGCUCAGGAACUUUUAUGCAGAAAUCAAGUGUUUCCCAAACAUACCCAGGUGGGCCGUAGCAGAGACCACAGUGUGGCUCGAACUGCCACCCACGUUGGCCCUCUACCCCAGGGCAGAGCCAGCGCCUGCCAAAGACCCUCCUGAGCCUCCACCCACUAGGCCCUGUAUAUGGAGCGGCCUGAGCUGCCCCUGCCUCCCUGAGGGCUGCCUUGCACUGCCUUGCAUCUGCCAUACCGAGUCCUGGAGUGCCAUCAUGUUCCUCCUGAGGUGGGUCCCGUCCCCACACCUGGAGUGGACUGCGUUAACAGCGUUAGCCAUGCAUAAAAACAGCCUGUCCCCACACCAUCACAGCUCUGUGAGUUCCAGAAUAUCCUUCCCUAACUGACCAGGAGGGCUGGCAUGUCCUCGUUUGUUUGGAACGGGCACACCUGAGCCUUUUCCAGGCUCUCCA